AUGGUAGCCGAAGAUGGUGUGCGUGGCGAGCCGAACGGCAAUGUUCCGUCGACAUCUGAACCCAAGGGCAAUCUGUCCAAGAAUCCCUCCGAUGCACCAGCAAUUGCGGAACCGACGGCAGACGCAGGAGAGGGGCGUGGCCGCCAUGAUGGCCGCAACAAGCAGCACCGUAGACUCGACGCCAAUGGCCGCCGCAAAGGACGAGACACUAAGCGCAAGGACUCCCACCGUGGCGGAGACCACCGUGAUCCGUCAGACAAGCGACCGCGAACCUACGAGUGGCAGGAACGGAAGCGUAGGAGGCUCGACGAGGAUAAGAACUCCGGCAGACAACCCGAGCCUAGUUAUAUGAGCAUCCAGUUCCCCGAGGAGGAGAUCGCCGCCGAGGAGCGCCGGCCGAAACGCAAGGUCGCCGUUCUGAUUGGCUAUGCCGGCACGGGGUAUCAUGGCCUACAGAUCAAUCACCGGGAGAAGACGAUCGAAGGCGACCUUUUCGCCGCGCUGGUCGCCGCGAAGGCCAUCUCUAAAGCGAAUGCCGACGACCCGAGGAAGUCCAGCUUCGUGCGGUGUGCGAGGACGGAUAAGGGGGUCCAUGCUGCCGGAAACAUGAUCUCUCUGAAGCUGAUCGUGGAGGACUCGGGUCUAGUGAAGAGAAUCAACGACGAGUUGCCGCCGCAGAUUCGUGUCUGGGGCAUCCAGCGGACGAACAACGCCUUCAGCUGCUACCAGUCUUGCGACUCGAGGUGGUACGAGUACUUGAUGCCCAGCUACUGCCUCCUGCCUCCCCAUCCCGAAAGCUAUCUAGGCAAGAAGGUUCUGGAGUCUGUUAAAGAGAAGGGCGUCGAAGAUGAAUAUGCGAAACGGCUGAGCGACGUCAAGGACUACUGGGAGGAGGUGGAGAAGAACGAAAUCCGUCCAAUCUUGGACGCCUUGGAUCCCGACAUUCGGGAGACCGUCAUGCGGCGCAUGCACGUGGCGGACUUCGUAACCGGCAAUACGACCUUCAACACAGGGGAGACAUCCAAGCCCGAGGCCGAUCUCGAGCCCGGGCCUUUAGAUGGGGAACCCACCGACAAGCCUACGGAGACGGAGGAAGAGAUACCCGAUACUAAACCUGAAGGCAACCCAACUGACGCGUCUGACGGGGAGCCGGCCUCCACCGGAGAGGACUCGGCCGCCACGGCAGGACAGAUACCUGAGCCGACGGAUGCCGCAAUUUCUAGACCGAUAGAAACGCCGGACGUGGAGCCAACCAAGCCGAGGGAGUUGCACCCUGUAGAACGCGCCCUUAGGCAGAUCAAGGCUACCUAUGUCGCGGCCAAGCGACGCUACCGCGUCACGCCGGAGAGACUGUCACAGCUUCAAGAUGCGCUGGACCGGUACACGGGGACGAAGAACUUCCACAACUACACGAUCCAGAAAGCGCACGGGGACCCGUCGGCGCGGCGGACGAUCAAGUCCUUCGUGGCGAGCCGGGAGCCGAUCCAGAUCAACGACACCGAGUGGCUGUCGCUCAAGGUGCACGGGCAGUCGUUCAUGAUGCACCAGAUCCGCAAGAUGGUGGGGAUGGCGGUGCUGGUGACGCGGUGCGCGACGCCGCUCGCGCGCGUCGACGAGAGCUACUCGGCCGCGCGCAUCAGCAUCCCCAAGGCCCCGAGCCUCGGCCUGCUGCUCGAGCGGCCCGUGUUCGAGAACUACAACCGCCGCGCCCGCGAGCAGUACAACCUCGCCGAGCUCGACUUCGCCGCCCACGAGGCCGAGAUCCAGGCGUUCAAGGACGCGCACAUCUACCGCCGCAUCUUCGAGCUCGAGGAGAAGGAGAACUCCUUCCACACCUUCUUCCACCAGAUCGACCACUACAAGUCGGCCUACUUCCUCUGGGUCACGGCGGGCGGCCUAGACGCGGCCCAGACGAGGGCCGGCCCGAUGGAGGCCGUCCCCGAGGGGCUCGAGGACAACGAGUCGGGAGACGAAGAGCAAGACCCGGCGGGGAACGAGGGCUAG